GCGGUAGCAAUAGCAGUCGCACGUGGAUGCCUCGUGGGCUUGCAUUGUACCGGGACUGGUGGCUAGCUCCUCUUAAUUAUGCCAAAGGAGAGAGAUCCCUGGAAGCUGCCCGUUUGUUUGGAGAAUUCAUGAUGGGAUGGAGUCAGCAUCGGCAGGGGCGGACUGAAUGGCUGAAGCGCGUACUUUGGUGAAAAUCAACGUUUAGCCAUCCUUCAGUAAUGGGCGCUACCCCGAUGAUGCAGUGAUGGAUAAGAUCCAGUGACCAGCGCACUCUGGUUCCGCAAUGAACAGCACUUUCCCAAGGGGUGGCAACAGCAGUGUUGUAGUUGAAAUGAAGUUUGGCGUGACGGACUAUGUCAUUUUUGUGCUGCUGUUGGUGCUCUCAGCGGGCAUUGGGCUCUUCUAUGCUCUGAGUGGUGGGAAGCAGCGCACUGUCCAGGAGUUUCUGCUGGCCAAUCGCAGCAUGACCUUCUUGCCAGUGGCAUUCUCUUUGCUUGCCACUUUCCAAUCUGCUGUGGCCAUCCUAGGGGUCCCUGCUGAGAUCUAUCGCUUUGGUACCGAGUACUGGUUCCUCGGGUGCUCAUACUUUCUGGGGCUCCUCAUCCCAGCUCAUGUCUUCAUCCCUAUCUUUUACCGCCUACGCCUGACCAGCGCAUACGAGUACCUGGAGCUGCGCUUCAACAAGGUAGUGAGGGUAUGUGGAACAGUCACCUUCAUCUUCCAGAUGGUGAUCUACAUGGGUGUUGUGCUCUAUGCCCCAGCACUGGCACUCAAUGCAGUGACCCAUUUUGAUCUCUGGGUUGGAGUACUCACUGUUGGCUUCGUCUGCAUCCUCUACACCACCCUGGGUGGUCUCAAAGCUGUGAUCUGGACAGACGUGUUCCAGACAUUUGUCAUGUUCGCGGGACAAGUGGCCGUGAUCGUGGUUGGCACCAUCAAGGUGGGCGGCAUGGGUCGCGUCUGGCAGGUGGCAGCCGACCAUGGCAAAGUAUCGGGCAUUGAUCUAAAUCCCGAUCCUUAUGAGCGUCACACCUUCUGGAGUCUGGCCUUUGGAGGAGUCUUUAUGAUGCUUUCUCUCUUUGGGGUGAAUCAGGCCCAAGUCCAGCGGUACCUGAGUUCCCGGACAGAGCGGCAGGCUGUGCUCUCCUGCUAUGUUGUGUUCCCCUGCCAGCAAAUCGUGCUGUGUCUCGGCUGCCUCACCGGCUUGGUCAUGUUUGCUUACUACCAAGAGCACCCCUUGGCAGAGGAGCAGAAGAAAGCCUCGUCUGAUCAGAUGGUCCUCUACUUUGUGAUGGACGUGCUGAACGGAAUGCCCGGCCUGCCUGGUCUUUUUGUGGCUUGCCUCUUCAGCGGCUCUCUCAGCACCAUCUCCUCAGCCUUCAGCUCGCUGGCAGCGGUGACAAUGGAGGACCUGAUCCGCCCUUACGUGGCCAACAUCCCCGAGAGACGGGCCACCCUCUACUCCAAGUUGUUGGCUCUGGGCUACGGUCUCAUCUGUCUGGGCAUGGCUUACGUCUCAUCCAUGAUGGGUUCAGUGCUGCAGGCUGCUUUCAGCAUCUUCGGCAUGGUGGGGGGCCCACUCCUGGGAGUCUUCUGCCUGGGCAUGUUCUUUCCUUGUGCCAAUUCUGUGGGUGCUGUAACUGGGUUGGUGGCCGGGCUAGCUAUGGCCUUCUGGGUCGGCAUUGGAAGCUUCCUCACCAAUGUACAGGCUCCGCCCCCUCUGCCCAACGGAAGCAGCAUCCCCUCGCUUAACGGGAACUUCACGACAGCUGUCAUGACAACUCUGCUGACCUCAGCGACGACUCCAGAGAGGCGCACAGGACUGAAGAAGUUCUACAACUUGUCAUAUAUGUGGUAUAGUGCGCACAACUCCACCACCGUCAUUGUUGUGGGACUCCUGGUUAGUCUGCUCACAGGCCCCAUGCAUGGUGACGCUGUAAACCCCCGCACGAUCUUCCCGGUGCUGCCACGCCUAUUUUGCUGUCUGCCUCCAAAAUACCGUGAUAAGUUGCGCUUUGGGGUCCGUGAUGUUGCAGAGGAUGGAAGCGGCUCGGAUCCAGCAUCUCUAGCCAUGGAGAAAACCAGCAACGGGCUGCCAAAUGGACUGCCGGAGGGCCUGCCCCCAGGGAGCGACAUGGAUGAAGUAGAAGCGGGUGAAGGGUUUGCCUGGGCAGAUGGCGCUCACACUUACUGCCUGCGGGAGACGGCACUCUGACCAGGGCAGAGCAGAGAGCUUGAUAGUGAAGGUCGGCAGGGACCUGUCCUCUUCCAGGAUGGGAACCCCAGAGCGGAGGGGCGGCUCCUUGGGUGAGGGGUGUUCCUGGGCCCUCCUGGGUGCCAUCAAGGCUUAUCAUGCACUGGGCGUAAACUUCCUGUCGUACAGCACCAGAUGGGCAUGGGGCCACGCCCACCCCGACCUGACUGUGGUACGUUCCCUCCCAAGGUUCAGUGCUGCUGCUCAUAUCAUAUCGGGAACGUAUCUGGAGGAGAUGAGCGGAUGCUGCCCACCCCCCAAGUCCCAAAGCACAAAAGGCCACGGCAGGACUCUCUGUGGCUUCAAGGUGCCUCCUGCUCCACACCCAGUGCUCAGAACUUAAAUGUCUCUGGCCCACUCAUCUCUAGGGGAGGGUGAGCCUUGCCAAAGAAGUUACUUGAUCUUGCAGUGGGGUCACCCUGCUGCCACCGCCACCCCCCUAGCAACCUUGCAUUGGCGGGACGACGGGGGCGAUAGUUUCAUUCCAUUUUCACCACUUUCAGCAGGUACUGCUGUGACAGGGUGCAGAAUCCAAGUGUUCAGUGACCCAUCUGUAGCGUCCUUGGAGUGCCUGGUCCCAUUCCAGACUU